AUGCCCUGGACCAGACCCCAGGUGGAGCUCCAGGCGGGCGCGGCCGAGGCCCCGGAGUCGCCCAUGGUGCGGGACCACCACUACGAGGGCUCGCUGUUCCCCACCUCCACCCUCAUCCUCGUCACCGUCAUCUGCAUGGUCAUCUUCAUCGUGGGCGUGACGGGCAACACCAUGACCAUCCUCAUCAUCCAGCACUUCAAGGACAUGAAGACCACCACCAACCUGUACCUGUCCAGCAUGGCCGUGUCCGACCUGGUCAUCUUCCUGUGCCUGCCCUUUGACCUGUACCGCCUGUGGAAGUACGUGCCGUGGCUGUUUGGCGAGGCCGUGUGCCUGCUGUACCACUACAUCUUCGAGGGCUGCACGUCGGCCACCAUCUUGCACAUCACGGCACUCAGCGUAGAGCGCUACCUGGCCAUCAGCUUCCCGCUCAGGGCCAAGGCGGUGGUGACCAAGCGGCGGGUGCAGUACAUCAUCGCCGCCCUGUGGGGCUUCGCCCUGGCGUCGGCGGCGCCCACGCUCUUCCUGGUGGGCGUGGAGUACGACAACGACACGCGGGCCGACCUGACCGCGGGCCAGUGCAAGCACACGGGCGACGCCAUCAGCUCGGGCCAGCUGCACAUCAUGCUGUGGGUGUCCACCGGCUACUUCUUCUGCCCCAUGCUCUGCCUCGUCUUCCUCUACGGCUCCAUCGGGUGCAAGCUGUGGAAGAGCAAGAGCGACGUGCAGGGCCCGUGCACCUUGGCCCGCGAACGCUCGCACAGGCAGACCGUCAAGAUCCUGGUGGUGGUGGUGCUGGCCUUCAUCAUCUGCUGGCUGCCCUACCACAUUGGACGCAACCUCUUCGCCCAGGUGGACGACUACGACACGGCCUUGCUGAGCCAGAACUUCAACGUGGCCUCCAUGGUGCUCUGCUACCUGAGCGCCUCCAUCAACCCGGUGGUCUACAACCUGAUGUCACGCAAGUACCGCGCCGCCGCUAAGCGCCUCUUCCUGCUGCACCGCCACCCCCGAGGGGCCCGCCUUCGCCGCCACGCCCGCCAAAGGCAGCUGAGCGCCGUGGAGCACAUGGCCACACUUGACGAGAGCCUGACAGGUGUGUGAGCAGGAGGAAGAAGAUGGACGUUUGCGGCAUCAAAAGAGGGCUGAAUUUUCUACCAUUUCUUGGUUCACAAAAGAAAUCAAAUAAGUCCAAUAGAGAAAUAUCACCUGAUUUAUACAUAAACUCAUUCAUUAUUAGCAUCAUUCUUUAUGCUAAUGUUUCAAUUUGUGCUCCUGCCUUUUCACAUUUUAGUCUUUUUUUUUUUUUAAGUAAAAUGUGCCAACGGACAUUCUUUAAAAAAUAACAAAAAAAUAGAAUUGCUGUCGCUUAAAUUAGUGUCAAAUAUCAAAGCUACACAAAAAGUGACACAAUUGAUCCAAAAAAGAUUUUUUAUUUUUCUGCCAAAGUUAAAAAAAAACAAAACAUGUUUCCUCCUACAUGGACGUUUACUUUUCAGACAUGUUGGCAGUGUUGAAUAAAAAUACCACAGGUCAAAUGUGCCACAGGAUAUUCUUAAAAAAAAAAAAAAAAAAGUCGAAUCCCUGUUCCUUAAAUUAGUCUGAAGUGUCAAAGCGACACCAAAAGUCACACAUUUGAUCCUCGUGACCAAAAAUGUCUCAUUGAAAUGUCCUUUGUCCAACAUAAACUAUUGCAAUUCUUUAUAUUAACAUUUAAAUGUGAAUUAGUGGCUUUGCAAUUUUCAUUUUCAUUUUUGCCAAGGUUGAAAAACAAUUGUUUGGUUGCUUCUUCCUCCCGCGACCCAAAUUAAGCGGCAUUGAGGAUGGAUGGAAGGAUGGAUGGAUGGUUGCUUCUUCCUCCAUGGACAUUUUCCUCCAUUCACUUUUUAUCAUUUUGAAUGAGUAUAGGUUAAAUUUGCCAGAGUAUAUAUUUUUUAUUUAGUUGCUUUAUUUAAAAUCUGUUUUCUUAAAUUAGCCUAAAAUGUCAAAGCUGGACAAAAAGUGACACCAUUAUUCCUGAUGACCAAAAAUGUCCCAUUGAAAAUAUCCAUUUUUAAUCCCUCACUUAUCUGCACAUACACUAAUGCAGUCCUUUUCUGUUUGGACUCCUGGCUUUCCAGUUAGUAUUUUGCAUAUUUAUCUAUAUUGAUCGUGUUUAUUUCCUAUUGAAAGCAUGCAGCCAAAUGCUUCAUGUUAGUGUUUUCUGCAAGGGUGAUGAUAACGAUGAAUGAGAAGUUGGUUUCCAUGAGCUGCUUGGAGAAUAUUCCCCGUUUACACAAUGCCAACGGAAUCAUGUCCACAAACGUUAUCAAAAUCUGCAGAUUUUAAUGUCACAAACCUGCAAACGUAUGACAUUUUCCGCACACGCUACCGCUGCUGCCGUCUACGGACGUAACUCACGAUUUCCAAUAAAUGCAAAACUAUUACGUUUGCGGUGAACUUUCAAUGUUGUGAUAACUUUCCACAGAUGUAAUAAGACCAUGAAUGGUGGUCUUUGUGUUGGUUGGGGGGGGGGGCUCAGCUUUCAACAAUAAAGUUAUACAUUUAGAAGAGCCAAGUCAUACAUUUACGAGAAAAGUCUUAAAUUUACAAGAAAAAAAUGCCGUAAUAUUACGAGAAUAAAGUGGUGAAUUUACAGGAAUAAAUUCAGAAAUUUAGGAGGAAAAAAGAAAAAAUGCCGUAUUAUUACGAGAAUAAAGUCAAUUUACGGGUAUAAAGUCAUACAUUUAGGAGGGAAGAAAAAGUCGCAAAUUUACAAUAAAAAAAAUGCCACAACAUUACGAGAAUAAAGCCGCAGAUUUAAAGUGGUAAUAUCACGUGUCGUGCGUGUCGGAGGGAAAAUAGAGCACAGCUCUUCAGGAAGGAAGGAAACUUUAUUUAUAACGUGGCAGCAAAACAGAGCAGUUGAGCAUUUAGAUUAGCAUGGCUAGCCCUUCUCACUUCCGCCUUCCUUGCCCCACUCCUUCCACAUGCCCAAGGCAAAAGGUCACAUAAGUCCCCCCUUGUCAUAGCUGUCUAAUGCAAUGCCUGUUACGACGGAGUAUUAAAAUAAUCUGGGAUUUUAAAUAAAAUAAAGUCGCAAAUGUGUGAGAAAAAAGUUGUAACUUUACGUUACGUUAAGUUACGUUACAUGUCUUCUAAACACUAUUCCAUGAUAGCGACAAGGCUGUAAAUGUCAUAUAACCAUUAUAUAAACAUCUUUUCACAGCCAUAUGUAUGUUUGCUGUGGGGCUGCGGCUGAUGAAAUAUAAACCAAAUCAGGCUAUAAAGGCCCCCCUUUUACGCUCAUUAAGAAGCCGAUUCAAAACAAUUGAAGGAUAAGCAACUCCAAAGUAAUUUCCACUUACUGUCCUGUGUUUUGAAGGUGGACAAUCUUGGUCCAUGCCUAAAGGCUUAUGUCCACGUUCUACAAGUUCUCUAUUUCAUCUCCAAAUGUUCCUCCCUAUUUGGAAACUCUUGACACAUCAGUCACAUCUUGGCUAAAAUGGCCUCACACGCGGCCAUGUUUGUUCACCUGAGUGAUCGCGCCCCGAUGAGCUUCUAAUAAUGACAAACAAUAUGUAACACAUGUACGCAAAGUUGAUCAAUGCUGUCAGGGAGCCUUUAAGGGAGAUACCGUACAUGUUUACGCUACUUAGACGUGUGUUCACAUGCUUCUUAUCAUAUAGCCUCAUUGUGGGUAAGGUGUUGUUUACAUGCGGGUCUUUCAUUAUUGCCAUUUGAAUGGUUGGUGUCCACUCUGAGAGCUUUGCUAUGUUGUGUGAUAAGAAUUUGAUGCUCAAUGGAAAAGUUGUCAUCCAUUUCCAUGGCAAAUAAACUUGGUGGAAACAAGCAUUGUAAAUAUUCCUUUUUUAUGGUAACGUCAAUGGAAAGUGUUUGACGGCGCUAUCUGCAGGGGGAAAUUAGUACUGCAGCUGUGAAUCCAGCAGAGUCAGGGACCUUUA